AUGCAUUCCGGCCACGGAGUACUUAGGCGGCGGCGCGAGCCCGGAUCGUACCUCUCGAUCCUGCUUCCCCUUAUCCUGCCAUAUCCAGAGCACGUUGGAGAAAUACAGGUUGAAGCUUUGUCGGAUUCCAUCCCGUCUGAAGCUCGGUCCGUACGAAAUUUGCCCGCAGAGAUAUCGAAUAGUCAGCCCAUACUUCAGCCCUUGCUCACUCUCAAGAUGGGUUCCAUGGCCACGACGCCACCCUUCGAGGUGCUCACGGAUGCCCGUCCCGAGGACCACUCCCUGCCGGCGUUCAUGGUGUCGACCACCCGGGGCUUUCUCCCCCGCAUGGACCCCAUCGUCACCCUUCCGCCCGAGUUUGACGCGCUGGAGUCGAUCCUCCAGCGGAUGCCGGUCAAGACGGCCUCGGGAGCACCCGGCCUUCUCGCCUUGGGUAAGCUUGGAGACGAGGUCGAGGGCGGGUUCCCAGACCUCACGGCGGCCAUGGAUCGGUACAAGGACGAUCUGCCGCUCAUGAACGCCCUGUACCGGGACUACUCCUUCCUCGCAUCGGCCUACCUGUUGGAGCCGUGCCACGGACGCUUCGUCAAGGGGGAGGGGUACGGCCUGGGCAGGCAAAUGCUUCCCCGGAAUGUUGCGCAGCCAAUCGCUCGAUGCGCUGAGAUCUGCGGCUUCCAGCCGUUCAUGGAGUACGCUGGCUCGUACGCGCUGUUCAACUACCGGCUGGAGGAGCCGGCGGCAGGUCUGGAGUACAGCAACCUGCGGCUCAUCCGGGCCUUUGAGCACGGGCUGGACCCGGAGUCGUCCGAGGCCGGCUUCGUGCUGGUGCACAUCGACAUGGUGAGGAACUCGGGCCCGCUCGUGGCGGGAACGGUGCAGUGCCUCGACGUGGCGUCCAAGAAGGCCUCACUCGAGCGCAGCUCCUUCAACGAGGGUCUCGGCAACAUGCUGGAAGCCAUGAAGAAGAUCAACGGCGUCAUGGAGACCAUGUGGGGCAAGUCACGGCCGACCGAGUACACGAGCUUCCGGACCUUCAUCUUCGGCAUCACGUCGCAGUCCAUGUUCCCCAACGGCGUCGUGUACGAGGGCCUCCACGACAACAAGCCACUGUCGUUCCGGGGCGAGAGCGGGGCUAACGAUUCGAUGGUGCCGCUCAUGGACAACUUUUUGCAGGUGCCGAUGCCGGACACACCGCUGACGGAGAUUCUCCAAGAUUUUCGCAAGUACCGGCCGAGCAAUCACAAGACAUUCCUUGCUCACGUCAAGGAGCGUUCUCUCGCGCUCGACCUCAAGACACGGGCGUUGGCAACGUCCAAGGAGGCGAGGGAGGCGUUGCAGAGCGACGAUGAGCGCGAGCUGCUGCGGGCGACGCGCAGCCUCUGGUUGCAGCUGCUCAACGAGGUGCGAGACUUUCGCUGGCGACACUGGUGCUUCGCGCGCGAGUACAUCCUCAAGCGGACGACUCACCCGACGGCGACGGGUGGCAGCCCUAUCGUGACCUGGCUGCCGAACCAGCUCGAGGCCGUGCUGGCCGAGAUGGAGGCCAUCGGCCGGAUCUCGCGGGAAGAGGGCGACGGUCGGGGGCUUGGGACAACGUGCGACGACAUCAUGGAGGCGGCGUUGCGUCAGCGGGAGACGCUGCGUAAGGAAGUGGACAAGUAUUGCGCCGAACGCGGCGUCACACGCACGUAA